GGGUGGAAACCUUAGACUCCUCUCCUGUGUGUAGCUCACUCUGUGGUCAUUCUCCUUGCGUCCCCAUGUGAUUCGUCAGGCCCAGCCACCCCAGCUGUGAUGAAUCGGCAGAAUUCCCCGGCUCAGCGCAAGGGCAAAGGAUUAAUCAUGGGAGGCCUAAUGCUGGCUGACAGACACUCUUACCCAGACAAGCUAAAACACACACACACACACACACUAUAAUCUGGACAAGGGUGGCUAUAAGAAGUUAUUCACACAAUUUGAAGAACAGUAGUGUGAGAUUCAUUCGCCUGGUGGUGAAGCAUUGCUUUGCAUAGCUUUCUUUCCUAUUUGAAGUCACAUCCAUUUUGUAGCAUAGACCAUUUUCCAAACAAGGACAAAGGAGGAGUGUUGGUUGUGGUCAUUUCCUGUAGAUCAGCUGCUCCCGAGCCAGGUCUGUCUCCUGAUAAGCAAUAGACCAUUCCUUCUAUUCUUACAAAGAUGUGUGUGUGUGUGUGUGUGUUGGAUGGACUUGUUGGCUCAGCCAUCUGCAUCAUACAUCCACAAAUGAUCACUCCAUCCUAUCUCUGUUUUCCUGCUCGUCGGUCGGUCGGUCGGUCAGUCUCUUUCUUGCAAUCUUGUUCCCAUGUCAUCUCUCCAGGUCCUCACCAGGACAUUUUCCACACUCCUCCUACCUCUCCUGCUACUGCUGACCCGCCUACUGUCCCCAAACUAACCCUCCCUCAUCCAGACCAACCAAUGUCUUCAGCCCUCAGCACAGGUGGCAAGAAAUCACCUCCUUUUUCAGACUUCAUCCCCUCCACCCCCGCUUCUGAUUGGAAACCUCCCAUGCCUGUCACCCCAGACUGCUCCGUGAUUGGACCCACCUCCAGCACCCAACAGGACAAACUAGAAUGUACCGUGACACCUGAGGAUGUCACGGUGGCUGUGGGGUGUAACAAUGGUCUGUCCAGUUCGACCCCCAGUGCGCAUGCACAGCAGGGGAAGAGAAAGAUGACAAGCCCCAACCAGAGCCCCUCGUUUCUGGAUAGCUCAUCUUCCCUGGUCAGCCUCUCGGGCCAAAGCUGGAAAGAGAAGGACAGUGGACUGAGUCAGUCCCUGCUAAUGGGGCCUGUUUCUAGGGACAGCCAGGGGGAGAUGGAGAGGCUGGUGGAGGAGUGCAGGACAACACUGGGACUUUCUGACAGCAAGGACAAGACAGUGGCAGGUGUCUUGAAAAGUCUCCUCACUGAAAUCUGUCGUCUGAGAGAAACCAUACAGACAGAAAGAGUGGAACGCGGGGAGUGGCUGCAGUUCCAGUCUGACCUGCAGGUGGCAGUGACUGUGGCCGACAGGCUGCGUUCCGAAGCAGAAGAGGAACUGGGCGCGCUCAGAACGGCUCACCGGGACACUGAGAGAGAGCUGGCCGCUGCUCAACAGAGACAGAAAGAGACAGACAUUCAAAUGGUCACUCUGAGGGGAGAACUGAGAGAGAGCAGGCAGAGGAUAGCCAGCCUCGCCCAGGCCCAGGGAAGAAUUGAGGCCCAGGCUCCAAAUCUGUCCCACACACAUGCAAAGGCAAAUGUGGAAACAAACGCCCUUGAGUCUCAGUUUGGACGGGGAAGAGAAAGAGCGAUGUGCAAGAUUGGAAGAGGAGGAAAAGGGGAAGGGAUGGAAAAAGGAAGUCAGAAUGAAAAGAUGAAGAAUGUUGUUGAGGAGGAAACGCACAUUGACGUGAAGGGAGUGGUCAAGAGGUACCUGAGGAAUGUGACCAAUGAGGAAAGGAGUGGAGAGGAGGGGCGUGCCCCCAUUGAGACUCGGAGGAUAGGUACCACAGAGAGGUCAAGAAGCCUGUCCAGACUUCCCGUCUCCUUGGAUCCCCCUGCUGUUGAGAAUGGAACUUCCCACUUCACUACUGCCACAACAGCAGGUUCCACAAACAAGAAUCUUAAUCAACCAAGGGCAAGAAAAAACAUGGAACAUCAGGACAGUUGGUCCAGCACUCACACAGGGAAGCAGGAAGAGACUCUCAACAAGUACAAUUCUGCACUUUCAGAUAUGCCCCCAAGCAGCAGAUCCCAGGAUGGGUUCAACCUGUUGCUCCGGCGUCAUGGAGGCUCCAAGAGAAACUCUCUGCUGCGCUGGUGUCAGAGUCGCACGCAGGGCUACAAGAACAUUGACAUCACCAACUUCAGCAGUAGCUGGGCAGAUGGUCUGGCCUUCUGUGCUGUCUAUCAUACCUACCUCCCUUCACACAUCCCCUACUGCACCCUCAGCCCUGAGAGUAAGAAGGAGAACCUCAGCCUUGCUUUUACGACUGGAGAGAAUGUGGGAAUCACACAAUCACUGACUAUGGAGGAGAUGCUGAGACCUGGAGGCCCAGACUGGCAGAGGGUUCUGGUAUAUGUGGAGAGUAUUUACCGACACUUUGAGAUGUGACGCUCUGGAUCGGUCCUCACCCCAGAUCUGGCCACGGUCCUCAUAGGUGACUGAAGAGGUAGAACCCCCUCUUCCCCUUUCCUCAACACACUGCUAAUGGCUAACCAGCCCUUGACUUAGCCCUUGACUUGGACAGCAUGGAAAUCACUCAUGUGUUUGAAUUCUCUAGAAUGCCUCCUUUCUUUCUUCCUCUCUCUCCCUUAUCUUACUUAAAGCUAUCAUGAUUUGCUUGACUGUGAAAGUCUUACAAUUUAUUUUGCCAAGCUCAAGCAACAAAGAAAAUAUAUAUUUUCAGAGUACUCAAUGUUAAAUGUUCAGAGAUUUUCGUUUGAAUUCUUUGUGGGUACAACAGAGCCACCUUGUGGUCAUGGUGUGCAUGCACGUUUCUGCAUGCCCCACACUGCUUCCUUGACACAGUGAAACUACUGUAAUUAUAUCUUUUACCAAACAUAAGUGCCUUUGAUUUCAGAGUAUUUCAUGUGAAGCACUUUGUAAAUAAUGCACUUCUAUAUGCACUUUCUUGAUAUGAGGAUGGAUAUGUAGAUAGACACAUGAUAGCAGGGAUAUUUGUUUGGCAUGCUUGGCUCAUGCUCAGAAGCUCUUGCCCUGCAUUAAAAUGAACUCCUACAUAUAAGCAUAGCCAAUAGGAGUGAUGAAGAGAAACUGACUCGGGAUCAAUGCUUCGUAAAUCUCAUGUAGAAGUUGUGGAAAGCAAUUUUGCCCCUUUUCCCAGAACAUGAAUGCAUGAAUUGGUAUUGAGUGAUGAACUGUAACUAUGUGCCAAUGUGGACAAAGCAAAGUGCCAUGUAGUGGGAAAUACUUGUGUAAAAUAACCUGUAAGAGUGAAAUCAAUUAAUGUUUUUUCCAAAAUAAUAAAAUAAAUAUUUUUGGGAUUUAUAGAA